ACGUUCGACAGUGCCAGCAACGCGAGCGGCCUGCCUGAUGGCGUCAAUGGCGUGCUUGAUUUGCAUCAAUAUGUUUCGUAUUUGAAGAUAUUGACACAGAAGAACACGUCCGUCUUAUUGUUGAUACUUCGUUCUUUUUAAAUCAAACCUACUGAAAGUUAAAAGAGGUUACCUUAUAGUUGUGUUUUUAUUUUUGUUGUAUGUUCGAAUUAUUUAACGCAAAACGGAAAAUUUACGAAGCGAGGGGGCGAAAUCUAGAGCGAGAACUUCCGGAACGAAACAGAACGUCCCCGCCGCUCGUUUCCGGUGUACCCAGUGGCGCAUAGUGGCUGCUCGUGGGUCCGGGAGACUCUUCGGUAGUCUUUCUCAAUUAUUUCAAAAUGAUCAGCGUCAAGGGACGGGCUCCUCAAGUCGUCCAAUAUGUUAAAGCCUCAUCUAAAACCGUGGCAUCCCAGGUAAAGCCGCUAGUACCUACAGUUACAAUCGCAGAGGGGGAAAAGGUUCCACCGCUGCCUACCAAGAAGUCGCACUAUGCCCUUGCCAAGUCUUUGCCGACCAGGGAACUCUUCGCAAGUUCUGGGAGCUUCAAGGCCGGUGUGCAGAUCCGAAUGGCCCACACCGACCUGAAGGUGCCUGACUUCUCACCAUACAGACACAAGUUAACAAGUGAUCCCACGAAGCCCGCUAGAGACACCGAAACCCCUCGAAAAAUGCACAGCUACCUUAUUCUCGGAGCGGGUGCCCUUGGAACUACGUAUGCCGCCAAGUCCCUUGUGACACAGUUUGUGAUGGCUCUGUCUGCAUCUGCGGAUGUCCUGGCCAUGGCCAAGAUUGAGGUGAAGCUGGGUGACAUCCCCGAGGGCAAGAAUGCGACCUUCAAGUGGCGAGGAAAGCCUCUCUUCAUACGUCAUCGAACACCUGAUGAGAUCAGCCGUGAGGGAUCGGUGGACCUCAGCUCCUUGCGGGACCCACAACACGACAAUGAACGCAUGCAGAAACCAGAAUGGCUGGUUGUUAUAGGUGUGUGUACCCAUCUGGGCUGUGUGCCGAUUGCUAACGCGGGAGAAUUUGGAGGUUACUACUGCCCGUGUCACGGGUCCCACUAUGAUGCCUCGGGACGUAUCCGCAAGGGGCCUGCACCACUCAACCUUGAGGUGCCUGCUUACGAGUUCACCGAGGAAGGAACGCUGAUUGUCGGAUAAAAGGGGUACCUGUGCAGUUCCACCGCCCCUUCUAAAUAUAGCGCAACUACAGUGACUGGCUUGCAGGGAUCUUGUCCCAUUCUGUAGACACUUUCAGGGCACCAGUAAAAACUGUGUUGAGUUCA